AUGGAGCUAUUCAACUCUGCCUUUAGAAAAAAUGUAUCUUUUGUGCGCCCCCCCUAUUUUAUAAUAAGUGGAUUUGUUGGCUUGCCUAAUAUGAAAUAUUACUAUGUUUUUCUGUUUUUCGUCUUUUUUAUUUCCGUGCUUGGAAACACUGUUGUAAUGGCUGUAAUAUAUCUCGAUCACAAUCUUAGAACUCCAAAGUAUCUAGCAGUUUUUAACCUUGCAUUUGUGGACUUAAUGGGCAGCUGUGCUCUGGUACCAAAGGUUCUUGACAUAUUUUUGUUUAAUCACUAUUAUAUCCAAUAUAAUGACUGUUUGACUUUUCUGUUUUUCUGUUACACAUGCCUUUCCAUGCAAGCUUUCAAUCUAGUUGCUCUCUGCUAUGACAGACUUAUGGCCAUCAUGUUUCCUCUGCAUUAUCAAGUAAAAGUUACUCAUAAGAUAAUGUUUUCCUUGAUUGCAUCUUUCUGGCUGUUUGCUGUAUUAUCUGUUCUCACUGCAAUUGGCCUUCUGACAAGACUUUCUUUCUGUAAGUCUGUGGUUAUCAACAGCUAUUUCUGUGACCAUGGCCUUCUCUAUGAACUUGCAUGCAAUGACAAUCUUCCAAAUGUAGUUAUUGGUUUUUUGUUGCCGUUCCUUAUUCUUUGGCUUCCAAUGGGAUUUAUCUUAUCCAGCUACAUUUGCAUUGCCUAUACUUUAGGUAAAGUGGCUGUAGCUCAAGAAAGAGUGAAGGCACUAAAAACAUGCACAGCUCACCUAUCGUUAGUAGCUAUCUAUUUCAUCCCAAUAUUAAUAACAUUUACACUAGGACCAGAAAUACAUCCAAAUGCCAGGAUCAUUAACCUGUCUUUGACCUCAGUAUUUCCACCAAUGUUGAACCCAAUCGUUUAUGUUUUGUAUACACAGGAAAUCCAGUUAUCAAUAAAAAAAAAUCUGAAACUGAAUUGGCAAGGCAAGGUUAUGACUACUUAA